AUGUUUGACGUCUUCCUCCAGGGUAAGCGGUUGCGCUGGCUCGCGCGGAUUUGCUGCUCUGUGUCCUUUUUCAUUGAGGGUUACCAGGCUGGCAUUCUCGGUGGCGUCCAGGACACAUCGCAGUACCUGGAUGCCAUCGAUAACCCGACCGGCACCUAUGUUAUUCCGAUGAUUGCUUCAUCCUACACUCUGGCAGCGGCGGUCAUGUCAGUCAUGGUAGUCGUGGUGGGCAUGCCGCUGGGCCGGCGCAACUCAAUCAUGCUCGGUAAUAUUUUGAUUAUCAUCGGCGGCAUCAUCCAAGCGGCGACCUUCUCUGUGGCCCAGAUCAUUGUUGCACGUGUCAUUUGUGGUUUCGGCAUCGGCUUGAUCACCUGCAACGUGGCGAUGUACAUGUCCGAGAUGAGCAUUCAUGCCCGCGAGAGAGGACCCGAGGUGGCCAUCAACUGUGCGUCGCUGCUCGCCGGUGUGGCCAUUUCGUACUGGGUCGACUUUGGCUUUACGCAAAUGACGACACAGUUUUCAUGGCGCUUCCCCAUCGGCCUGCAGUCCCUGUGGGCCAUUGUUCCCGCUGUCGGUAUGUUUUUCUGCCCGGACACGCCCCGCUGGUAUUACGCCAAGGGCCGCGAGGUUGAGGGUGACACCACGCUGGCGCGGCUGCACGGUGUCUAUGACCCCAGCAGGCGCCUCACAGGAGACGACGAGCGGGUCAUCCAACAGGUCAAGGCAGAGAUUAUGCAGAGUAUCCAGCUCGAGGCCGAGGAAGAAAACAAGCUCAGCUGGAUUAGUCUGGUGUGGGACAACACGCCGCUGCGCGUGGGACGGCGCGUGCGCAUUUCUUUCAUUAUUCUAUCGAUCCAGCAGAUGAUGGGCAUCGAUAUUAUGGUCUAUUACAUGACGCUAACCUUCACGGGCAUCGGCUUGUCCGCGUUCUUGUCAUCCCUCCUUGCGGCGGUGUGUCUGACGGUCCAGUUUGGUGGCGCCUUGCUGUGUAUCCCCACGAUUGAGCGCAUGGGCCGGCGCAACAUUAUGCUCUUGACGUCGUCCGCCCAGAGUGUCUGCAUGCUCAUAUUUGUCGUGCUUCUUGGCCUGCCCAACAAGACAGAUGCCACGCAGUGGGCCGCGGCGGCCAUCCUGUUUCCAUACGUCUUUUUCUACGGCUGGGGCUGGGUCACUUGUCCAUGGCUUUACGGUCCAGAGAUUGCGCCCCUCAAGUACCGCCAUGUCGGUGCCGCGGCUGGACUGUUUGGCGAGUGGCUGUUUACGUUUGUCACCGUCUUUGCCGGUGGCAUCGGCAUCCAGACCAUCGGCUGGAAGAUUUGGAUCUGGCCGCUCGUCUUCAACUUUGUCGGAGUGGCAUUUGUCUAUUUCAUGUGCCCAGAUCCCACUGGCAAGACGCUCGAGGAGGUCGAUGCCCUGUUUGUCAAGGAUGUCAAUUUGGUCAACCGACUGCCGCAUGGCGUGGAGGGGAAAUCCAGCGUCCAGGAGGUUGAAGAGGCUUGA